AUGUCCGGCUUUGACGACAAGAGGCGUCCUACAGCGCUCAACCUGACGCCCGCGCGGUCCGCGACGGCCAACUCGAUGGAGUCGGACGAGUCGUCGCUCAAGCAGCCGCGGACGCCGCGCUUCGCCGAGGCCACGUCGGUGCACUCGCCCGUCGACGAUGCUGCCGCCAGCGGUGCCGCCGCCGCCGGUCAUCGCCAGCAGCAGCACCGCUCGCCGUUUGCCGACCCGGAAAAGCACGAGAUCCAGGCCGUCGGCUUCGGCUACAUCAACAGCAACGACGCCGACGACGCCCCGGCCGGCAUCCCCCCCAGGUCCCCGCUACCCCUCAAGAGCGCCAUGAAGGCCCCCGGCACGCCCGCCCGCCACCUGGAUAACCCCCUCAGCCCGACCUUUCGCGAGGAGGAGAUGCUCGAGAAGCGCGAGCUCUCGACCGAUGCGGAGCAGGCCCGGGAUCUGAAAAUCAAAACCCGCGUCCGCUUGGCCAAGUUUGCCCUCCGCGGCGUCAACUUUAGCUGUUCCCUCAUCAUCCUAGCCAUGAUCUCGUCGUCAUUCGCCAUCUUCAACAGCACCAAGCACCUGCCGAGCCAGAGCAAGAUGCCGUCAUGGGCGCAAAACACCAAGUCGUGGCCGCAGAAGCUCGUGCUCGGCAUGUCGUGCGUGUCGCUCGGGGCGUGCGUCUUCGUCUUCAUCGCCUACUGCCGGGGCGGGCACCGGCGGGCGGAAAAGGUCGGCACGUACUACACCAUGUUCGCGAUUGGGUGGUUCAUCAUCAGCCUGGUGCUGUGGGUGGUGACGGCGGCGCUGUUCCAAAACUCCAAGAACAACUCGGGCAACAAGGACAUGUGGGGGUGGUCGUGCGUCGACAACCAGCGCGCGCACGUCUUCCACGACAAGGUCGACUACGCGCUCGUGUGCCGUCUGCAGAACUGGAGCCUCAUCUGCAUGGUCAUUGAGAUUGUCGUCGAGGUCAUUUGCAUCACGCUCUACUCCGUCGUCUUUUACCGCUACUACACCAAGCGUCGCCUGACAAAGUCCAUGGAUAUGCGCGACCGCGCCCGCUCCGACCUGUACCUCGCCCAGCUGCGGUCCAUGUCGGCCCCCAACACCCCCGGCUUCGUCGGCGCCGGCGCGGGUCCCAAGUCGCCCGCGCUUAGCAGCUACGCCAUGUCGCCCCGUCAUCCGCCCGCCGCCUACCAGAACAUGGGCGGCUCCGUGCCUAACCCCAACACCACCAGCAGCCCCUUCACCCCCGGCGGCGGCAACAACAACGACUCCCAGUUCAACAGCCCCUCGUCGGGCUUCAAGCUGCAGCGCCCGCCCACCAAGGCGCCCUCGGCCACCCCCAAGCUCGGCUCCGGCGCCUUCACCCCCACGUCCACGACGCCGCCUACGCCCUUUGAUCAGGACUUUGCCGCUCCGCCACCCGCGCAGCAGCAGCAGCACCAGCCGCAUGGCCCCCAAGCCGCCGACGAGCCCGUCUACGACGCCGUUCCCAUCCCCGGCGCGUAUGCCGAUCAGGCUGUCAAGAGUCCGCCUGCUGAUCAGCCGACCUUUCGCCAUUACUGA